AUGAAGGUUCCAGGAAACAUGAAAGCCGCUCCCUCUCGCUUCCUCUUCGUCGCUCUGCUCCUCUUUGUCCCGCCUUAUCCUUCAGCACCCUCAGCUCUCACUCAAACGAGCAACCAGGAUACACCUGCUGCUAUCUUGAGAUCCCUCUUGCGGUGCAGACUGAGAGGAGGAGGAAGCCGUAAACGAGGAGGCAAACCUCCGAGGCCCUCGCCGAAAAUUCAGUCGACCGGGGGAAAGGACAAGAAGAGGUUCUCAGAAUUUCAAAAAGGCUCGCCGUGGAAGGAAGCAGCAGCUGAGAAGUCAGAGAUGAUCAUGAAGAUGGAUGAAGAAGCUGUAAAGAUCUUGAAGAGAUGGAAGAGCCAGGAGAGGAGGGAGAGGGAGGAGAAAAAACUGACCAUUCGAGCAAAGAAGGACCCCAAAUUCGCGGAAGAGAUUAAAGAGCUACACCAGCAGAUACUGGAGAGAAACUACUCCAAGUUCAACCUCUUGACCUCAUACGGACGGUUCAUGAACAAGAAGCAAAGGCUGGAGGAGAAGCAGAAAGACGACUCUCGGCUGCUCUCCAACUUCAUCUCAAACGAGCUCCGCAAGAGAAUACGCUUUUGGUUGCAAACCAACCGAACAAGAUUGUUGAGUGAGCGGUCUGAAGAAUCUCCGCAAAGAUCUGAGGAGGGAAAGCCUGAACCAAACGAGAUUUCUGAGGGAGGAGGAGGAAAGCAAUUCGCCAUGAAAUAUGCUCCCAAGGACCUGGUUGAGAGGAUUCUUGCGCAGAACGAAGAGUGGGACGCGACUUGUCCAUUCGAAAAUGUGAAUGUAACGCAAGAUUGCGACCGGUGCCGCUCACUCAAGCUGGAGAAAUGUUACUGUACAAACAUUUUCAACAACAACAUCUCCUUGAACGUUACCAUCGGGAAUCAAACAAUCUGCAUCAAUGAGCACGAGAUCGAUGAGGAGGAAGUGGAUGAAGAGGAUGUCAAGAGACCUGAGUUCCAUUACAUCUUCGAUUUCGAGACGGGAUGUUUGACGGUCCUUGAUAAUCCCCUGACACCGGAGAUUCAAAAACAACUCAAUGCCAGCGGUGACAUGCCUCUGCUACAUCCGGACAAGAGUUGGCCUUGGGUACGAAGCGCUUCAAUCCAGAAUCCCAAAGAGGAGAAAGACAAGGAGAAGGAGACAUUUGUCUUUAAUGAAUCGAUCGGCGUGAGCAGAAUGAGCUCAGGACUUGCGAGCAAACGCAAGAAAGAGACUAGCAGGACCAUGAAGGAGCAAGGAGAGGGGGGGGGGGGGAGAUCGAGGAAUGCGAGCGGUACUCUAAUCCCUCUCGCUUCUUUGAGAAGCACGAGUCUGAAGGUAUCAGGCUCUACCUACACUCUGCCAAGAGGCUCACAACGUAGCAAGGGCAAGCUAUCUCACCCUGACCUGAUGGAAUGGGACAAGGUACCACCAUCGCAGGAUGAUGAAAGGAUUCGCGGGGUGGGAAGGAACAUCACUCUGAUGGGAGAAGGAUUCGCAGAGGAGACGAGAGUCACGAUUCCGGUUGUGCUUCAGAAGUAUGGUUCCGGUGAGGUCAGAAAUAUCUCCUUCCACGUCCGGCGAGCAGAGCAGAAGCGCGUAAAGAUGAAGUUCGAGCACGAGAUUUUGUUCCCAGGGUUCGAAGAUAACGAGGAGGAGAUUAGAAAGGAGGAGAAGUUAGCCGAGGAAGUGCGAGAGCUGCAAGAGCAGCAUGAGAAAGGGGAGAAGCAGGAGCACAAGGGGCACACGGGGCAGGAGGAGCAGGAGGAGCAGGAGGAGCAGGAGGAACUGAAGGGGCGGAGGAGGCGCAAAGAAGAGGAGAAGCGUAAGGAGGCAAAGGGGCUGAAGGUGCACAAGGGGUACAAGCGGGAGGAGAAGGUGGAGGAGAAGCACGAGGGGGGUAAGCGAUACCAGUGGAAGGAGAAGAUCGUCGACGACGACGACGACGAGGGGGAGGAGGAGGAGGGAGCAAGGGGGGAGGACGAGGAGGACGGGAUGAUCCAAACGCUAGAAGAUUUAUCAAGUUUAUGGGCUGAUGCCAAAAGAAUCGCAACCGUUGGGAUUGUUGGGGGUGAAUGGAAGUUUGACAACUGUUUCAUAUUGGCGUGUGGGCCAGUGACAGCCGUACGUUCCAGUUCUUCAGCGCUGGUCACUCUACAUCGGUGCGACUUGGGAGGAGAAGGAAACGAGAGCAGAGCUUACACUGCUGUGACCACCAUCCACCGAAGUCGGAUGAUCAUCGAGUACUGUAAAGUUCAGUUCACCAGCCACUGUCCGUUCCUUGCUCAUGGAAGGUCCGAAUAG